CUUCAGUUGGGCGUAGAUUACGAGAACCCUCUUUGAGUGGCUUCACCAUUUAGCCAGACAAAUCGCUGCCCCCCUUACCCUCUUCGAUUCUUCCCAAGUUCUUAUUCCUGCUCUAAAAUCCAAACCAAUUGCCAGAUUUCAAUCUCCACCAUCCCCCAUUUUCAUCUCAUCUUCUCCUUGCAAUCAUCGCCAUCCUUGUUCUAUACAAAUCCCCUUUCCUUCCUUCCUCAAAUCGCCAUUUUCCACCAUGCAGGCUGUUCAAUCUCCCACUCUCAAGCCCUCUCCAUUGGACCCAUUCCGUCGCCGGAAAUGCUCCCCUUUCCUCGUCGCUGCUGCUCCGAAAUCCAAGCGUGUUUCCUUCAUUUCUGCAUCUGCGGCUUCCACUGUCUCUGCGCCUAAGCGGGAGAAGGAUCCUAAGAAGCGUGUGGUGAUUACUGGAAUGGGGCUUGUUUCUGUUUUCGGAAAUGAUGUUGAUGCUUACUAUGAUAAGCUGCUUGCUGGUGAGAGUGGGAUCUCUCUUAUCGAUCGUUUUGAUGCUUCCAAGUUUCCUACUCGUUUUGGUGGCCAGAUCCGGGGAUUUGCUUCUGAGGGUUACAUUGAUGGUAAGAAUGACCGGCGGCUUGAUGAUUGUCUUCGGUAUUGCAUUGUGGCUGGUAAGAAGGCUCUUGAGGAUGCUGACCUCGGUGGAGAUAAGCGCUCUAAGAUUGACAAGGAGCGUGCUGGAGUGCUUGUUGGAACAGGGAUGGGUGGUCUAACCGUCUUUUCCGAUGGUGUUCAGGCUUUGAUAGAGAAAGGUCACCGGAAGAUAACCCCUUUUUUUAUUCCUUAUGCCAUUACAAAUAUGGGGUCUGCCUUACUUGCCAUUGAUAUUGGUUUCAUGGGUCCCAAUUAUUCUAUAUCCACUGCUUGUGCCACCUCUAAUUAUUGCUUCUAUGCUGCUGCUAAUCACAUCCGUCGAGGAGAGGCUGAUAUGAUGCUUGCUGGUGGAACUGAAGCUGCUAUCAUACCUAUUGGAUUAGGGGGUUUUGUUGCUUGUAGGGCUCUAUCUCAAAGAAAUGAUGACCCUAAAACUGCUUCAAGGCCAUGGGACAGAGAUCGUGAUGGCUUUGUUAUGGGAGAAGGUGCUGGCAUAUUGGUUAUGGAGAGUUUGGAGCAUGCAAUGAAACGUGGUGCACCAAUUCUUGCUGAAUACUUGGGAGGGGCUGUUAACUGUGAUGCUUAUCACAUGACAGAUCCUAGAGCGGAUGGUCUUGGUGUCUCUUCUUGCAUCUUGAGCAGCCUUGAAGAUGCAGGUGUAUCACCUGAGGAGGUCAACUAUAUUAAUGCACAUGCAACAUCCACCCUUGCCGGUGACUUAGCUGAGAUCAAUGCCAUCAAGAAAGUGUUUAAGAAUACAUCAGAGAUCAAAAUCAAUGCAACUAAGUCUAUGAUAGGACACUGCCUCGGUGCUGCUGGAGGUUUGGAAGCCAUUGCCUCUGUGAAAGCAAUCGAAACUGGAUGGUUGCAUCCUUCCAUAAAUCAAUUUAACCCCGAGCCUUCAGUUGAUUUUGACACGGUUGCGAACGUAAAGCAGCAGCACGAAGUGAAUGUUGCUAUCUCAAAUUCAUUUGGAUUUGGUGGACACAACUCGGUCGUGGCAUUCUCAGCAUUCAAACCUUGAGCGUGUGCGUUAGCUUAUACUUCGAGGUUUUGUAGGAGAGUCCAGCCUUAGCCUUAUCUGAGAAUAGUCGCUAAUUUAUUUACGAACGAGGUUGCUUUGCUCGCUGCAGGCGUCUCUGUCUGUCUUUCAGUGUUUAGGUCUAUAUGCAAUUUGUGAUCAUCAUCAUCAUUCCAUUUGUUGCUGUGUUUCUGAUCCAAUAAAUGAGUUACUUGAACUUAAAGCGAGUUUUUUUGGGUUAGAUAAUAUUAGAUUUUCUGUUCACAUUCUCUGAAGAAUUUCAUCAAAAUGUUGUAAUGAAGUAGUUUUUUUCUCUGCAA